GUAUAUUUCACUUACCAAAGACGCGAUUCUGGUAUCGCAUCGGCGCAUUCGUUGCCUGUAAAAAAAGAGAACCGUAUAAAGCGUUAGAGUAUCGUGGUGUAGCAGUCGUAAUAUCCACGUUUCAAACUUCAGUUUUCAACUGUUCGCUCUAAGGACUUCUCGAGCUUCGAAAAGUCAGUGUUUGUUUGUUUAGCGCGACGGACGUGUUUGAAAAGCUGCUUGUUAAUCGCAAAUAGAUUUGAAGAAAACUGUUUUACCCAGCAAGAAGAAAAGAGUAUCGGUCGAGGAAAUGGUGAGAAUAAGAUGUAAAGAAAUGAUAAGGACAGAAAAUCUAAGAUGUAUUGAUAAGUCGAGAUAUGUGGAAGGCUUCACUAUGGGAGCAUUGGCAGGGAGACUGUUUGCCAGAUUAUAUGAAUAGAAUUAAGGAGUGAAGAUUUAAAGUGGGAAAUGAAUGUAGAAAAUAAAAUGGCCUUAAGGUGACUUCCCACAAAAACAUACCUAACAAAAUGGCUGGAAGUCAUUUACUCUACACUACUAAUAUUACUGUGUCCCCGACAUUUAUCAGUAUAUCUGUCCAUAAUAGUACAAAUUCUACAGUAUUUUCUAACGAUAAGAACGAAUUCAUUCUACCUAUAUGGCGACAAAUUUUAUGGAGUGUUCUUUAUUUAUCUAUGGUUAUUGUGGCAACUGGUGGUAAUCUUAUUGUGAUAUGGAUUGUACUGGCCCAUAAGAGGAUGAGAACCGUAACUAAUUACUUUUUGUUGAACUUGUCGGUUGCAGAUACAAUGGUUUCAACUUUAAAUGUGACUUUUAACUAUAUCUACAUGCUAAACUCUCACUGGCCCUUUGGUAACAUAUAUUGCAAAAUAGCACAGUUUAUUGCUGUUUUGUCGAUAUGUGCCUCUGUAUUUUCGCUUAUGGCGAUUUCUGUUGACAGGUACAUGGCCAUAAUGACUCCAUUGAAACCUCGAAUGGGAAGAAUGGCGACUGUUUUAGUUGCUAUAAGUACGUGGGUACUAGGAAUUCUAAUAUCAAGUCCGCAAUUAAUAUUUUAUACCACUUACGAAGAAACAUUCAGCGAUGGAGAGAAAAGAAUUGUCUGUUAUGGAGAAUGGCCUGAUGGUGAUACAAUUAAUUCAUUUCAUGAAUACAUUUACAACGUCUUCUUCACUGUAAUAACAUACGUUAUUCCUAUUGCAUCUAUGACCUUCACAUACGCUAGAAUAGGAAUAGAACUGUGGGGCUCCCAAAGUAUAGGAGAAUCGACUCAAAGACAAAUAGAAAACAUCAAAAGCAAACGUCGCGUUGUGAAGAUGAUGGUAGUGGUUGUUAUAAUAUUCGCCGUUUGCUGGUUGCCAUUUCAUCUUUACUUCAUCGUGACAUCUUAUCAUCCCGAGAUCACCAGUUCCCCAUACAUUCAAGAAACUUAUCUGGUCAUCUACUGGUUAGCGAUGAGUAAUUCUAUGUACAAUCCAAUUAUUUACUGCUGGAUGAAUGCAAGGUUUAGAGCAGGCUUUGUUCAGUUUUUUUCUUGUUUACCGUUCGUUCAUUUAAGCCACAGAAAUAUAUCUCGAAGAGAAAUCUUCACUGCUAGAUCUUUCUCUGCAUCACCUGAAGGACAUCGAAUUGCCAGAAACAAUACUGUACAAAUUUCGAUUCACGCUGGAUGUUCAACCCCUCCAAUUGCGAGCACCUAUUUCAACGGUGAAGAAAACUGUUUGGCUAGAUCUCGCAUCAGGAAAAGUAUGGAACUGAAAUUAUUCUGACAACGGCAUGAUAGUUCGGAGGCAAUAAUGAUGGGUUCGCGACAUACUUGGAUUUAGAAUGAAAUAAACGGAAGGAUUGCUCUAUCAAAAAGUGAUAUCUAUUUAUGUACUUAUUGUUGUAUUCUAUGCUACUCGCUGUUUUGUUUAAAUUAUUUUGCUGACAGAUGUCUACUUACUUAGAUCAACUUUGGGGGCAAGUGUUACUAAGAAUCGCUUUAUUCACUUUAAAUGGACCAUAUACUUAAUACUCCUGUACUACUAGUAGGAGCCUGGAAAAGGAUGCCGUUCUGACAGUGCAGACAUACAUACGUUUGUCUCCCUCAUUUAGACGUCAAAUAUUAUCCGCAUGUCGGAGAAUUGUUCCCCACUACAGUUGUAAGGCUUGCGCGUAACGCAUCGGGUAGCCGGCAACGCUUCCACUUAUGAGAACUAGUAAUAUAGGAGUAUUAAGUACCUAUAUAAAAUGGACAAAUGACCAAAGCCUUGUUAUUACGGAAAUAAUCUUAAUAAACUGCCACGUAUUAUAUAUAAGUCUCACCGACGAAGUCCGGCAGUUCCUAUGUUCAAUCAGUAUUAUCCAGCACAUUAAACUGCAUUCCGCCUUAAUUGUUCCAUUGUCAAAAACUAUCAAAUGUUACAUGUACUUAUAGUUUUAAUUACUGUUUGAAAUACAUUUUUUUUUGCAUAAUGUCAACAGAAGUCUCAAGAAUUUAUAAACUGGUUUUAAGAAUUAUACAUUGUUAUACAGAAAUGUGUGGCAUGUUUGUUUACUUAAUAUAAGUUUAAAUAUGUGUCUGUAAAGUGCAUCGUUGUACUUGUAGUGUUAAUUAAAGGCUGAUUUAGUAAAAAACAAAAAAAAUUAAUGCAUUAGUAAAUUUAUUUUUAAAUUAACUUUUACCCACUGCAGAUAACCUCAAAUUAAUGAGAACUUUAACACUACAAAAAUUCAAAGUGUCUCAAGAGAUCUUUCUCUUUGCCUAGCCUUAUCCCAUAUCAUUUGAGGUCGGCUCUCCCCAUCAUUCUUCGCCAUAAGCAACGGUUCUGGGUAGUCAUGCCAUUUACUUGGUCUUUCUUCAGGUCGUUGUUGAUGAGGGACAUCCAAGUCUGAAGUAGUCUCCCUGGCAUUCUCGAUCCGGUGUUUAUGCUUAGGACCGUCAGCUUAGUCAUGUGAUAGCAGCAGUCUCUAAAUCGCUUCUCCAACAUUCGAGCAACUAUUCCAGGUCUUCAGGCCAAAUCAAACACAAUUAGCAACUCGCUAUGGGUAAUUAAAUCAUUUUAACUCGCUGAAUUAACGAACAGCUUCAAAAUAAUGUCAGGAUAACAAUUCCUUACCCCCAACUCUUAAAAAAAACUCUUAAAUCCGUAAGGGGUUGUAAAAAUUAACAUAAGAAAAGUAACAUAGGUACAAUGAUAUGGCACACAGUCAAUUACAAGACAUCAAAAAUUAAAUUUGCUAAAAAAAUUUUGGAAAAAGUACAAAGGUGGAUUGUCGUUGGUUAACAAUUGAUAGUUUUUAGUCACCAAACUGACUCAGGUGUCAUAAACAUUAACAUAAAAUGGCGACAAAAGACAGGCAAAAUUGCAAAACGCAAAAACAAAAAAAUUCACCAAAAAAGCCAAAAGUACUAAUCUGGGUGCAUCCCACGGUUAAAACUCCUCACUCGGGAAACCGAGCUUUUCAAAAAUCAGCACCAAAGGUUGUAAGUAAGGGUGCAGAUCUUCAAUUUGAGAACAGUUGGUCCAAACUAUCGUAAAAAACGGGAGAAAUCCUCUAAAAGUUCACUCGGCUACCAAGAGAACGGAAAAAGGGUACCAAAGACAAAUCUGGCUUCACCAGGUCUCAAAAAUUCUCUAACAAGGAACAGGGCGUAACUCAUACGCCAUACAGAAUUAGGGGAAGAAGUGAUUAGCAAAAUCACCAGAAAAAUGAAAACUUCCAAAUACUUAAAACGACAAGAGCAACAAUUGCUCGACAAAACUAGGCACCUAGUGCAACAAUAACUCAAGCUUUUUAUUACCUAAGUCAAAUUGUACAACAAAGUGUUGUUCCAGAUUACUACUAAAACCGGCAGGUUUUCGACAGCAGUCAAAGGCAGAAUCCCGUCCAUACGUAAAAUUACCUCAUAGAAACUAGAAAAUUGAUACCUUCUAGAACGCUGGAUGAUCAUGCUACCCCAAUUUAAGUUGCUUAGCAACAGCGUGGAUCAACCUAAUUUAUUCUCGUAAUUUAGGCAAAAAUCAGACCAAAACAAAAGGUACAUAAAAAAAUACAACGUGUGAUUAUACAACACGCUACUGAAGUGAAACUUCUUCAAACACACAA